AUGGAGCUCUCAUCCAACCUAAAGGGACAAUAUAUUGAAUGGCUACAAGAACUGGUUGAUGGGUUAAGCCCCAAGCAAGAACAGCUCAAAAUAGCUUAUGAAAAAGCAAAAAGGAACUUACAAAGUGCUGAAGGUUCAUUUUAUUAUCCCAUAGAUUUAAAAAAAGUAAAGGGAAUUGGCAAUACAAUCAUAAAAAGGUUAGAUGCAAAGUUACAGGACUAUUGCAAAAUUCACGGGAUUCCUCCUGUUGAAGCCCCUUCCCUAACCCAAACAACUAGCACUAGGCCACCAAAGAGGACUACUACAGCUCUGCGCAGCAUAGUAAACUCAUGCGAGAGUGAUAAGAAUGAAGCUCACGAAGAAAGGGGAGCUAAAAAGAGAAAAACCAGAAAGUAUAUACCUAAAAAAAGAUCUGGCGGCUACGCUAUCCUUCUUUCCUUGCUCGAGCUUAAUGCCAUUUUUCGAGGUGUUAGCAAAGAGCAAGUCAUUGAGCUUGCAGGAAAAUACAGCGAACACUGUAUGACCCCAAAUUUUUCAACAAAGGAGUUUCACGGUGCUUGGUCAUCCAUCACUGCGCUCAAAAAACAUUCUUUGGUUCUUGAGGAAGGUAGGCCGAAAAGAUACUCGCUAACCGAAGAAGGCGUACAAUUAACAAAGAGCUUGAAGUUAGCAGAUGGGAUUUCAUUUCCAAAAGAGAGUGAUGAACCAGAUGAGUAUCGUGCAAUUAGGAAUGAAAGUAGCGAAUUCACAGCGAAUCUGACUGACCUCCGUGGUGAAUAUGGUAAAGAAGAGGAAGCCAGCGAUAUAAAUAACACUUCAGUCAUGUUGGAUAUAACUUUUCAAGAUUUAAGCACGCCGCAAAGGCUGCAGAACAGUAUAUUCAGAAACGAAAGACUGCGUACCCAAACCAAUACGUGCUCUCAUGAAUUGAAGGAGAUCUCUGAUAAUCAAACAAUAUCUGAUACUGCAGUGAAGGCUAAAAGUACAACAACGAGAAGAAGGUACAAUGGAAUAAGUUAUGAACUGUGGUGUAACGGCGAUUUCGAAGUUUUCCCAAUUAUUGACCAUAGAGAAAUAAAGUCACAAUCUGACCGUGACUUCUUUUCAAAGGCAUUUGAGAGAAAAGGGAUGAAGUCAGAAAUAAAGCAACUCGCUUUAGGUGAUAUUAUAUGGGUUGCAAAGAAUAAAAAUACCGGGUUGCAGUGUGUGCUUAACACGAUAGUAGAAAGAAAAAGGCUAGAUGAUUUAGCUUUAAGUAUAAGGGAUAACAGGUUUAUGGAGCAAAAAAAUAGGUUAGAGAAAUCUGGCUGUGAUAACAAGUAUUAUCUCAUUGAAGAGACUAUGAGUGGCAACAUUGGAAAUAUGAACGAGGCACUGAAGACCGCGCUUUGGCUCAUUUUAGUUUAUUAUAAAUUUUCCAUGAUAAGAACUUGCAAUUCGGAUGAAACCGUGGAAAAGAUACAUGCAUUGCAUACUGUAAUUUCUCACCAUUAUUCUCAAAAAGAUCUCAUAGUUAUAUUUCCAAGUGACCUUAAGAGCCAAGACGAUUACAAAAAGGUACUCUUGCAAUUUCGUCGAGAAUUUGAACGAAAGGGUGGUAUUGAAUGUUGUCAUAAUUUUGAAUGUUUUCAAGAACUAAUGGGAAAAGGCGAUCUAAAGACGGUAGGUGAGUUGACUAUACAUGUUUUAAUGCUUGUUAAAGGCAUAUCCUUAGAAAAAGCGGUAGCUAUCCAAGAAAUAUAUCCUACCCUAAAUAAAAUACUGAUGGCGUAUAAUACAUGCUCUUCGGAGGAAGAGGCUAAGUUGUUGAUGUUUAAUGUCCUGGGAGAUGCACCUGGCGCGAAAAAAAUUACUAAGGGUCUAUCAGAAAAGAUAUAUGAUGCUUUUGGUAAGUUUUAG